AUGGGGUUUGCGUGUAUUCCAACACAACAAAUCGAAAAAGAAGGUUGUUUUUUUGAUCACGAAUUCGAUGUUUUAAACUUGUUGAACUACAAAAUUAUGGUUCAGACUAGACACUUUUAGACCUUUGUAAGGAAAUUUCCAGCAAUAUCCACAACACUUCCUAGAAGUUCGACAACCACGUCCACAUCAUCUAAAGCAUCCACAACAUCAACCUCAUCUAUCACUUCCACGACCACGACCACCACUACAACAACAACCACAACAACCACGCUCCCACCAUUAUCUUGCCCUUCCACAGACUGGCUUUUAUUCGACCGUGGAACCUACUCUUGGUGUAUUUAUCUUUACUGGUUUCCCACUCCUCUUUAUUACAAUUCGGCUCUUCCUUAUUGUCAAACUCUGAACUCAACAGCAGUUGUAUCAGGUUUCCAAAACACCGCUGAAGUUAAUGCGAUCACAGCUAUAGCGAAUCCAAAAGGUUCGUGGCUUCAAAUAUUCCUCGGCGCCGAUAGAACUUCCGCAUGUAUGAAUUCGCAUCUCACAUCAACCUGUAAUCAAUUAACAACGUUUGAAUGGACUGAUAAACAUACAACCGGGACGGAUGGUUUUGUAUGGGAGGUGAAUCAACCGGAUAACACGGGAUUGUCUCAAAAAUAUUUGGUGUUGUGGACUAUUUUCAAUUAUAUGGAUGAUACUGGUGGAAAGGCAGAGGCAACUAUUUGUGGAAUUCAAGCCCAAUAUUUUUGGUGA